AGUGGGUGGGGGCGAUGAUGAUGAUGAUGAUGACGAUGAGGUGGAGCCAACUGCAGAUGUGGACUUCCGAACUAAAGUUGUUCACGCUGAGCCGUCGGGAGGCGCGUGAACUGCUGCUGGAGGAGAAUAAAAAGGACCGCACCGCAAAGAUUAUCCCAAUGAAGAACUACUCCUCGGAUUCAACGGUGGCUGUUUUAAAACGUCCACACGUCUCCGCCUACCAGUGACACCUCUCCACUCCCCUUUUCUCUUCUUUCCCAUUUAUUUCUGUGCUCUCGUCUUGUCUCAGUUUCUGGGGCUUCCAGGAACUAGUCGGUCUUCUUUUUCACUUUCCCUUUACCUCAUCUGAGUUGAGGCUGAAAGCCUUUUACCUCUUACAAUGACUACUGAGGUAGACUCAGCAUCUCAGGGCAGCGGUGUGCGGCUGAAGCAGGAGAUUUCCCUCCUCCAUGGGGUCUGUCUCAUUGUGGGAAAUAUGAUCGGCUCCGGUAUCUUCGUCUCACCUAAGGGAGUUCUUUUUUACACCGGCUCGUUCGGCCUGUCCCUGGUGGUGUGGGCCAUCGGGGGGAUAUUUUCGGUGUUCGGGGCGUUGUGCUAUGCUGAGCUGGGGACUACCAUCCGUAAAUCAGGAGCGUCCUAUGCCUACAUCCUGGAGGCCUUUGGAGGUUUCUUAGCUUUCAUUCGACUGUGGACGUCCUUGUUGAUAGUUGAGCCGGCUUGUCAGGCAGUGAUCGCUCUGACCUUCUCCACCUACCUGGUCCAGCCCUUCUACUCCACCUGCACAGCCCCUUAUGCUGCUGUCCGUCUCAUCGCCGCCGUCAUCAUAUGUCUGCUGACCUUUGUGAACUGUAUGAAAGUGAAAUGGGGGGCCAAUCUUCAGGUCAUCUCCACUGUAGCGAAGGUCCUUGCUCUCAUCGUCAUCAUCAUUACUGGGCUGGUGAAGCUCGCACAAGGUUUUGACCAGAACUUCGAGGGCUCGUUCAAAGGCUCCAAACUGAACCCUGGUGACAUGGCCCUGGCCCUCUACUCAGCGCUGUACUCCUACUCGGGCUGGGACACGCUGAACUUCAUCACAGAGGAGAUCAAAAACCCAGAGAGGAAUCUGCCCCUGGCCAUCGCCAUCUCCAUGCCCAUCGUCACCGUGAUCUACAUCUUGACCAACGUGGCUUAUUACGUCGUCAUGGAUGCAGACCGAGUGCUCAGCAGCGAGGCCGUCGCUGUGACCUUUGCUGAUGAUGUGCUGGGCUGGGCGCGCUGGCUGAUCCCUCUGUCUGUGGCCAUAUCGUGCUACGGAGGCCUCAACUCCUCCAUCAUUGCUGCCUCCCGGUUGUUCUUUGUUGGUUCCAGAGAAGGUCACCUGCCCAAUGUGCUGUGCAUGAUCCACAUACAACAUUUCACCCCCAUUCCUGCCCUGCUUUUCAAUGGAGGCAUGUCUCUAAUCUUCCUGUCUGUACCUGACGUCUUCCAAUUAAUCAACUACUUCAGUUUCAACUACUGGUUGUUCAUUGGUUUGUCGAUAGCCAGCCUGAUCUACCUCCGCUUCAAAGCUCCUGAUCUGCACCGGCCUGUCAAGCUCUCUCUCUUCUUCCCGAUAGUCUACUGCCUGUGCAGUCUCUUUCUGGUUGUAGUUCCCCUCUACAGCGACACCAUCAACUCUCUGGUGGGAAUCGCUGUGGCGUUGUCUGGCGUACCAGUCUACUACGUUUGCAUCCACCUGCCAGCCAGCUCACGACCGGCCUUCCUCGGAAAGAUGAUCGAUAAAAUCUCUCUGUACACCCAAAAACUGUUCCUGUGCUGUGUGACCUCGCCUGGUAUCGACCUGGACAAUUUGGACCCGGCGAAGAUUGAAUGAUGGAGCUGCAAAACCCUCGUCUGAAAGGCAGGAAGGCGGGAUGGAAGAGAAGCAACGACACAAAGGAAGCUGAGAGCUUUAGACAAUCGGGAUUUAGACCAGUAUAGAUUUGAUUUUAGCUGAGAAUGAAGAAAACUGGGCAGGUGAACUCCACACACCUCCUCCUUUGUCCUCAAGCACAAGCCAAACCUCGCUCUGCUCAGUAAAACCCUCCAAACAGCAGCACUGUAUAGAUUAACUCAGUGGAACUUGAGCACAUUCACAUGCUAUUAGUACAGUGUUAUCCGUGUAAUUUCCCCCACACCACUGCAACUCACGCGCACACAAGCUGACAGAAAGCCUUAUGGUGACCCCCCCCCCCCCCGUAGGGUCCGUAGGAUCAUAGAAACCAGUCAUUCAGAACUGCAAAUUAAAACCCUUGUAUUUGUCUUACAAUCCAAUGACUUGGGUCCCGUCCAUUGGUGUCACUGGUGUAAUUGCUGAAAGCUGCAGACUUGAAUGUUCUGAUUGGAAAAUUAGCUGUCUGAUCUCAUAGAUGAAUUACAGUUACUGUCAGCGUAAUCUGUAUGGCAGCCAGAUUAUGUCCCAAAAACCUUGUUCUUGGGCUUUUUUUGGUCUUGUUUUACAACCACCAUGGUUAUAGAAAAGCGUUCUCCUCAAUAUACUGGAUUACCAAGUAGACAGAUCUGUAAUAAUCAGACUGGUCAGCGGAAAGAGAUUAUUUACAAAAGUGCUGUUAUUUUUUUUAUGAGCCUUUUGAUGCGUCAGCUGACUAUGAUGAUGAAUCCGUUCCACCACGAACCCUUUGAAUGCUUCAGGGCUAUAUUUUAUUUCUGGUGCCUUCUAGUGGUAGCUAAUAGUCACAUCCAGGGAAAGGUUUUGAGAUUCUUCUGUCCAGCAAACAAGAGCUCAUCUAGAAUUUUAACCUUUUUUGCGUAUGCGUUUCCUGGACUAAUGUAACAAAAUGGUUUUCCGGAUCAACCGGUGGUUCCUGCCACGCUCCUUUGGGGCUCCUUGCACAAACAAUGUGCACACGUUGUAGCUGUUAUCUUGAACUAUUGUCUUUUUUUCUAACUAACUGUACUUAAUAGUUUGUAACACAAAUAGUGUAUUUAAAGUGAUGUUGCCUUGUCAAUACAUCACCAGCUGGGGUCAUUUGUUCACUGUUCACAGCCACAAGUCUUAAACAGGCUGAUAGUUGGACCAUCUUUCUACUCACGGAGUGCGUUAAGCCUGUAGCAAAGUGUGUGUGUGAGGAAAUUACACCUUAAGUGUGUUGUCCUCAUGACCUUUAUGUGCCUUCUGUGAGUGUGGUCUCUUUAUGUGAGUGUGGUCGAUUUGAUGAAGCUCCGUUACUUCCAAGCUGGAAAUAAUCUUGACCUAAUUUGAACGAUAUUUAACCUGGUGAGUUGAGCACUUCGACAACAUCAGCCAUGUUACUUUAAUGUUACUUCCUCUGGGGGCCGUUGUUAUCAUUUAUACCAAAUUUGAUCGUUUUGUGCGUUGUUUUGUGUGUGUUGUUAAGAAGAAAGUCUCCAUAUAUCUGCUGUGAACACAACGUUCUCAAUGUAUUUUGAUGGAUUAUAAUGUUAUGACGUUCAUGUACUCAGAAAUGGCAGAACUUUAAUGUUGCAGUAUGUUUCAACGUGU